UUCUUGUUUGUUUUAUUCGACUUUUGUUUACAUGAAAGAUUAAGUACAUGCUUUUUGAUAUUGUAUUCCUUUAAUUUCCUUUUGGUAUAUUUACUUUUCUCUUUGUUGUAUCCUAAGUGUCCAACACAUUUUAUUUUAUGUUAAGUUAUUAUGUAGUUUAGCUACCGAAAAUUUGUAUACAAAUAAAAAUGAAUGCACUUCUGAAGAUUAAAAUGCUCCGUGGCAGUGCAUAUAAAGAACGUAUAGCACGACAAACACUCAGAGAUACCUUAGAUUGUAUAAAUUUGCCUGAUGCAUACUUACUGAAAAACUGUGGAGUAAACAAAGCAGUGUAUCAUCAAAUUUUAAGGAUAUUAGAACCAGUAGUUCCUAAAACUCAACGUUCAAAUGGAAUACCAUUUCCUCUGAAGGUACUAGUUACAUUAUCAUUUCUGGUGAGUGGUUCCCACCAGAAAUUAAUUGGGAAAGAUUUUCACAUAAAUAUCUCACAAAAGUCAGUCAGUAGAAUAAUUAAAAUUAUCAUUGAGAGCCUUAAUAUGGUACUUGACCAAUGGGUUGUCUUUCCCAGCACUGUGAUGCAAAGAGAACAGGUCAAAGAAGGCUUCUAUAGAAAAUACCAUUUUCCUGAAACAAUUGGAUGUUUGGAUGGAACUUAUGUUGAGAUUGUGUCUCCAAGGGAAGAUGAAGAAGCAUUUUAUGACAGAAAAGGACAAUACUCAAUACAUGCACAAAUUGUAUGUGAUGCAGAUACAACAAUAAUAGCAGUAUGCUGUAGAUUUGGCGGUGCUGCCUCUAAUACAUAUAUAUGGAAUAAAAUGAAUAUAAGAUCAUAUAUAGAAAAUAUGAGCAGACAAGGUGAAACUGGAUGGAUAUUAGCUGAUAACAAAUAUCCACAGCGUGCUUGGCUCAUGACUCCAAUAUUACAUGCACCCCAAGGAACACCUGAAUCUCAAUAUAAUCAUUUUCAUGGUCGCACUAAAGCAUGCAUAGACAGAUGUAUCAGCAAGCUCAAAGGGCGAUGGCAAUGUCUCUACAAACGACCAUUACAUUAUACUCCACAUAGAGCUGCUAAGAUAAUCAAUGCAUGUGCAGUUCUCCAUAAUCUUUGUAUAAAAGCUGGAAUACCUGAUCCUGACCCAUACAUACCAAUGCUAACAGUGAAUGAAAUAACAGAAAUAAUUGAUGACAAUAUGGAUGACCUGUAUAUAGGUAUAGAAGUGAGGAGGCAGCUUGCUGAACGUAUUUAUUACACUGUAUAAUUAAGAAUAUAAGACUGAAUAAAGAUUAAAUAAAAAUAAAUUAUAAUU